UUUUUUAGUUGUCUUGAUGGCGACAAAAAGAUCAAUAUUGUGAUUUCAGAGCAUAAUUUUCAAUUAAAAAGUGAUAAACAUUGAACUUGGAAAUGCCGUCGCGAGGAGAAGAAAUUCUGAAAGGAUUUCAAGUAAAUUGGAUGAAUUUACGAGAUGCUGACACAGGAAAAAUUCUUUGGCAGGGAAAUGAGGAUUUAUCCGUGCCCGGAUUGGAACAUGAGGCCCGCGUACCAAAGAAAAUCCUACGAUGCCGAGCAGUUUCGCGGGAAAUUAAUUUUAGUUCUGCCGAACCAAUGGAGAGGUUUCGACUGGAACAGAAACUUCUUUUCAAGGGCAGAUGUUUAGAAGAAUGGUUUUUUGAAUUUGGAUUCGUGAUUCCCAACAGUACAAACACGUGGCAAAGUUUGAUUCUGGCUGCGCCGGAGAGUCAAAUGAUGCCUGCUACUGUUUUAAAUGGUAACGUUGUGAUUGAAACAAAAUUCUUCGAUGAUGACCUGUUAGUAUGCACGAGUAAAGUUCGACUAUUUUAUGUUUAAAUGUAUUCUCUAUCAAUCGAGAAAAUUUCGGCAUCAAAACGAAAAAAAAAAUUCUGAAUUUUUGCAAUUUUUCACACCAUAGCACCCAAAUAAAAAUCCAUUUAUGAAACGCAAUUAUCGUUUGAGAAUUUCAAUUGCACAUAUAUCAUAACUCUCUGUAUUUUUAUGUUCUUUUUUAGAUGAAAAAAUGGGAAAAUUAUGAAAAAAAAUAUGAGCAAGCACAUAACGUGAUCUUUUUUUUUUAAAUAUUUAUUCGCCGAAUAUUUUUUGUCGACUUAAUCUAAUUUUGGUUUCCAGGUAUUAUAAAUAUUUUUAGUUAUAAAAUACGAAAAAAAAUCUAAUUUUUCGAUCAGUUUGUCCGAAAUUUAAUGUUUAAUUUCACAAUUUGAGAUUAGAAAUUUAUUAGUUGAAUCUGAAACCAAGAUACAUGAAAAUAAAAAAUUAUUGGCGUUUAAUUUGAAACGACAUGAAAAAUUAAGGGCCGAAAUUUAAGGUUUAAUUUUAAUUUUUAUUAUAAGUGUUUACCAGAAUUAAAAGGAGGAAAAUUUUGUAAUAAAUAAAGAAAAAGGACAGUACGAAAUUUGUCUGAAAAUUGACGAAAACCUUUUUCUAGU